UGACAGCCCUAAUAAAAAAAUAAAACAAUGAUUCAGUACUUUAGAAUACAGACAAACCAAAGCAGGUUUAUAGGCGAGUGACUUUAGCUUAUUACUCUUAAACACUGAAAAUGAAAGAAAGAAACAAAAUAAAAUAUGUUUCCUUUCUAAACUAUUCCACAAUAAACUCCUGUAACUGUUCUAAUCUUUAUUUUUAGUACGUUAGUAGUAACUUUGCUUUUCCUUCUAGGACGAGUCAACAUGUCUGCAGUUGUCAGACAGCAGCGUUAUCUGUCCACCGCAGGGGCUGAUGGGAGGUGUGAGGAGCCUUCAGGAACCACGUGGCCCUCGUCUGAUCUCACAGCUCGUCCUUGUUUGGCCUCAGCUGCAUCAGAGCGCCACUUCUCCCCAGGUUCACCAGAGGAAACACCACUGCACACAAUGCUUUUCCUCCCAGCUGCUGCUCUGUGCUGUCUGUGUUCAGCGCUGGUUGCCAUGGCAGCAGAGCUGAUUCAGGAGGAUUUAACAUUGACCAGGAGAGUUGGUGGAAAAGUUUCCUUCAGCUGUCGAACUGACCAGUGUGACAUUUAUGUACGAUGGUACCAGAAGAGAGACACAGAAACAUUCAGAGCGAUUCUGCGUAUUGAUAAGAGAGAUGGUACAAUAUAUUCAGGUUACAAUCAUCCUCAGAAAGAUGAUUUCUCAGCUGUGAAUAAACAGAACGGCUGGGAGUUGGAGAUCCAGAAGGUUAAACUCAGUCAUUCAGCCUCCUACUACUGCUCCUGUUAUAGCUCUCCACAGAAUAUCAUUCUGCUUCAUCAUUUGGACUCGUUCACCUCAGCUGACACGCUCAACAGCAGACAGGUUUUUGUAUUACUCUGUUUCACUGUGGGAGGACGAGGAUGGUGGUACAUCUUUGGCUCUGGAACUAAACUUUAUGUAACAGAUGAGCCGGUAGUGAAGCCCGUGGUGAGCGUGUACCCAGCAGCAUCCAGAGCCCACCUGGAGGGGAAGAGCUCCCUGCUGUGUCUGGCCUCAGCCAUGUUUCCUCCUCUGGUCCAGUUCUCCUGGAAAAGACGAAAGGACAACGGUCCUCUGGAGGAGCUGCCCCCUGCUGAGGGAGAGCAGCUGGAGCUCAGAGAGCCGGGACGCACCGCCGGCAUCUUGCUGAUCCGUCAGCCAGAGAACAGCACGUAUAAAUACCGCUGCUACGUCCACCACGAGGGGGGCACAGUGGAGGCCCCAGCAGAACAAGAGGUUCCAGCUGACUUGUCCUUCCAGUCUCAGUGCAAGGUGAAGCUGCUCUGUGUGCUGUACACAGUGCUGAUAGUGAAGAGUCUGGUGUACUGCUGUGGACUCUCUCUGCUGAUGAUCCUCAGAAACAAGGGACCGUCCACCAACUGCACACAUGCUGACUGACUGGCCUUUUCUCACCAUCAAAUCUCAUCAAUUCAUCUCAUUCAUCACUUUGAUCACUAUUCACAAAUAUCAAUGAUGACGUUGAGGCGACCCCUGCUGUCGCCUAUAUAGUAGGGUUCCUGUUAACCUGCCAUUAGGGCCUUCUGGGAACACCUGGGCCCAGUGUUCCCAGCCUAUAAAGCCUAGGCUCAUGACUCAUUCUCUCUCUCUCUUUCCCCGCAGACAACAUCGCUGGGCAUGUGGCGGCCUUAGGUUCUCCUUGGUUAAUCUUUUACUUGUUUUAUACAUUUUACAACAUGCACACACCAUUUAUAUUCUCAAUGCACACCUUACACUACUGAUACUACUGAUAUUCACACUCCAUACCUUUUGAUCAUUUUGUUCUGCAUAAUUUACUCUACUUUUGUUAAAUAGAUUAAAUGAUUUUAUCAUUACCACGGUGUGUCUUCCUAUUUGUCAUGGCCUUGAGAGCCAGGUUGUGAUAAAUUGGGGCUCGUCCGGGAUUUGAACCCGGGACCUCUCACACGUUUUAAAAUCUUUUUAUGCAGGUUAGAUACUGUCAUUCUAAAAACAUAAAAACAUACACACACACACACACACACACACACACACACACACACACACACAAACACACACACACACACACACACACACACAAACACACACACACACACACACACACACACACACACACACACACAUAUAUUUACAGUUCCUCAGUAUAAAUUCUGUGUAGUGUUAUUUUGAUGCUGUAUUUCCAUUUUAAUGUGACUUGUAUAAUAAUAGAACAUUAAGAUGACUCAUUAGCUGUCUGGUAGAUAUUUGAUUGUUUACAGUGUUUUUCUGUUCUUGUGUUUCUUUUUAAUACAUUAUACAGAGUCAGAUUUGUCAAAUUCAUUCAGUGUAACAUUCUCAAUAAAGUGUCUGUGUGUUAUAAA